AUAACGAGUCUACAAUGUUUUGCUGUUGUCUUCCUCGGAAGAAAAAGAAACAGCUCGAAACGCAGACACCUUCAAAGCGGAAAACUUGGCGAUGGGCCCGGAAGAUUUGGCGGAAGUCUUCGGCCAAGGUCGACCCUGUUCCAGCAGCCUCCCAGUCUGAUCUGUCACAGGUCGCCCGAGAGGAGGAGGAGAAGGAGGGCGUCAGCCUCGUGGACAAGGAACAGGAUUUGGCCAGUACGGAAUCUGGGUCUUGCUCUGAUGCCUCUCUGGUCCCCCCAGAAGAGGAAGAGAAGGAGGGGGUCAGCCUCGUGGACAAGGAGCAGGAUGCGACCAGUGAGGAAGCUGGGUCUUGCUCUGAUGCCCCUCUGGUGAUCGCCCCAGAGGAGGAGGAGAAGGAGGUGAUCAGCCUCGUGGACAAGGAGCAGUCUGUGCUGGACGGCACCGCAUUGGUGGAUGUAGGCCUUUCCGCAUUGGUGGAUGUGGGCGUCAUCAUAGAUGUGUAUAGAAGUCUUCUAUCUAUGGGCGUCACCGCAUUGGUGGAUGUGGGCGUCACCGCCGUGGCCCCAGCGAGUUUCCUCCUGCCCCAGCAGCUGCAGUGCAGGGGGCUGCCUAACAUGGGCAACACGUGUUACAUCAACGCCACCCUUCAGUGUUUGCUCAGUGGGCAGUCCUUUUGCACGCAGCUGCGCCGGCAGGAGGAGACGGUGAGGGAGGGCCCAUCAGCACUGCUGAUCAGCUCCCUGGUGGGUGUCUUGGGCCUGAGGACAUCCUCCGACAGGGAGCUGAAGAGGGCAGUGCUGAUGGAGCUGAAGCACUUGGUCUCCCUGCGCAACCGUCGCUUCGAGGGGAACUCCCAGAACGACGCCCAUGAGUUCCUCCAUGAGUGUCUGCUGGGCCUGAGGGUCAGGGGGCGUGACCUGGGGGACGUGGCCACUCAGUGCCCAGUGGACACGGUGCUCUCGUUCCAGCUCCUGCAAAUAAGAUCCUGCAGGAGCUGUGGACUUGAGAGCAGGGGGGAGGAUAACGUGACCUAUAUCUCCCUCCCGAUGGUUGCGCAGGGCUCCGUCCGAAGCUGCCUGGAGCACUAUUUCACCGCCAGCCCGGUGGAGUUCAGGUGUGAGUGCGGGGGGCAGGAGUCGGACAUGAGGAUGCAGCUCCACACCCUUCCUAAGGUGCUGAUCCUGCAGCUCGUCCGCUUCUGCCCCUUCACCCUCAACAAGACCGAGGACGCACUCCUCCUGGACACAGAGCUCCAGGUCAUGCCGAGGUGAUGACACACAC